GCUUCAGGAGCAGAUCAGACUGUGGGGCUGGGUCUGGUGGGCUUCAGCCUGCUGCUCUUCUCCUACUACACCGUGUGGGUCAUCGUCCUGCCGUUUGUGGACAGCGAUCACGUCCUUCAUAAAUACUUCUUGCCUCGUGAGUUCUCCGUCCUCCUGCCCGGYGUCGCAGGUGUGAUCCUGCUGCUCUGCAUAGCUGUGUUCACCGCCGUYGUCCUGUUGAAGAAUCACAAACCAAAGAAAGUGGAUUAAAGUCACAGGAACCAGAACUGGAGCUUUGUUUUUCACUAAAACAACAUUUACCUGGUUUUGACUUGUUGGUUCAUUUUCCUCCCAGUUUAAAGAAGUUGAAAAUGGCGCCACCUGGUGGUGAACGGGUCAAUGUAAACCUCAGGUCCACUCAGUUGGUUCUGUUUACAUUCAGAGUUUAGGUUCACUUUAACUGGAUUUAAUUGUUUUCUGACUCUGAAGUCUGAACGCUUCAGAUUUAAACUUUAAUUAGAAGAAACGAGUCGAUCUGAGUUAAAAUGAUGGAAAACAUGAACAGAUUUAUCUGUAAAAACUGCAAUGAAAUAAAGUUAUUUUGUCUAAAUGAU